AUGACCAAAGACGAGAUUGCAGCGCAGUGCUUUGUGUUCCUCUUGGCUGGUUUCGACACUACAGCCAACUCUCUAGCAUACGUUACGCAUUUGCUAGCCAAGAAUCCUGAAAUUCAACGCCAUCUUCAAGAAGAAAUUGACAGCUGUAGCGAUGAAGUGAGUGACCUGAAUAAAAAAACUAUUUCGUUAAGUGCAAUAUCGCCAAAAAACGCACUAUUGUGUUGCAGACUAUUAGUUACGAAUCCAUAG